AUGGCACCGUAUCAGGCACUAUACGGUAGGCUAUAUAGAACUCCGAUAUGCUGGAAUGAAGUCGGUGAAAGGAAAUUACUAGGUUCAGAACUCGUACAACAGACAUCAAACAACAUUAAGAUUAUAAGAGAUAAUCUUAAGACAACUCGAGAUAGGCAAAAGAGUUACGCUGAUAAGCAGAGAAGAGAAUUAGAGUUUGAAGUUGGUGACAAAGUAUUUCUAAAGUUAUCUCUGUGGAAAGGAAUACUCAGAUUCAAUAGGAAAGGGAAAUUAAGCCCGAGAUAUAUUAGACCCUAUGAGAUAAUAGAAAGAGUUGGCCCAAUGGCAUAUCGAUUGAAUUUACCUCCAGAAUUAUCUCGUAUUCAUGAUGUGUUUCAUAUGGAAAUAUUUAGAAAGUAUGUGCCAGAUCCUACCCAUGUGUUAUCUGAGCAACCGGUACAAUUGAAAGAGAAUUUGUCAUAUGAGGAGGAACCAGUAGAAAUCCUUGACAAAAAGGAACAGGUCUUAAGGAAUAAGACAAUCCCAUUGGUAAAGGUACUAUGGCAAAACCAUAACAUGGAAGAAGCAACGUGGGAAGCCGAAGAGAAAAUCAGAAACAAGUAUCCACAGUUGUUUAAUUGA